AUGUUUCAAGACGACUGGCCGAAGAUGCCAGAUGGCAGCGACUUUGAUGGCCAACAUCUACUCUGCCUAGUCCGAAGUGGCAAUAUCCCGUUCCGUGACGUUUGGGAUAUAAACCUACUGGUUCGAGAAAUCGAGGAGAAUGUUGGGGUGCAGGUGAUUGACAUUCCACGCACUUACAAUGACUCUAACAGCUACGCUCUCUUCAAUCAGGCACCUGAUUACGAGCAUGCAAUUCGGGCAGGGAAAGAUGCUCGCCACCUUUGGUUUGCACUGCGAGAGUGA